UUUGUAAAUUAUGGGGUUCCGUUUUCAAUCAUUUUCGCUGGUGUUUUGUUUGUAGUGAUCUCGUUCUUAUUUUGCAUGAUGCCUCUCUCGUUUAGUUUUCUCGCUAUUUCCUCUGCAAGAUGCAAUUUGAGCAUAGUUCUCGUCAAAAGUUUAUAAAAUGUUGCUUAUAAGAUAUUCAAAACUUGUGUUCAGUGCUUUGUGGUCUGGAGUUUAGAAGCGUAUUGUCGUUGACAUUAAUGCCAUGCCUCCAAAAAAAAUUUUCAAAUCCUCCCGUUCUCUACGAAGUAGUUCCAAUUCUAAACCAGAUGAUGUUUGUUGUGAUCUUUACUUUGAUCUUCUGCCAAAUGAAAUUUUAGCAGAAAUUGUUAAAUUUUUGACGCCUCAGGACAUUUAUCAUUUUUUACAAGUUUGUUCUCCAAGAUGCGCGGAACUAGCUCAUGACCUUAAGUCAGUUUCGUAUGAUACAUGCCGAAGAGUGGAGUCAGAUCAUGUGCUUGUUUUAUUCAAAUCAGUUCGAACCACCAACAUUGUUGAGAUAAAUUUUAACAACGUAUGCCACACUAAUGUAUCUGUUUUAGUGUCAGCAAUAGUGAAGUGCAAGCAAUUGAUUACAUUAUCAAUCAUUAAUUGUGGCAUAUCAAUUAUCAAUGUUGUUAGAGUUUUGCAAGAAUGUAAAAAAAUUGAAAAUUUUUCAUGGGAUGCUCAUGUGCCUACCAACAUGGAAAAGGCGAGGGAUUGCGUCACAGGGUUUCAUGCCCCUCAACUGAAAAAUGUGUUUCUGUCACUAAAUAUAAUAUCCAGAAAUAUAGAGAUACAUUAUGUUCAAUGGUUUUUGAAUGUAAUGUUAAAUUUAUCUCCUACGGAUGUUAAUAUGUAUCUCAACUAUUCCAGUGUGCCUAUCUUCCGUCCAGUUCGCUUGUGUAAAUCAUUUCAGCUCAAUUUGCCAUCAAAGGUUAAGCCUGUCUCUUUUUUUUCUGAUUUAUAUUCAACCAAUAUUUGUAUGGAGCAUUAUAAAUCUGUUCUGCGUUCCAUCAUGAGGAGUUCUUUUGGUUGUUCGCUGCGUUUCGAGUCAAUAGUUGGAUUUUUCAUUGAAUGCUUGUCAUACUUGCAGUUCUCAUAUGAUGAGUCAAAAAUAUUAUGUUUGGAAGAUUAUCCUAUUAGUGAUAUUCAGUCAUUGUCUAUUCUUCUGGACUUUAAAUGUCCUCCUUUUUAUCCAACAGCUGUUAAAGAGUAUCUAAAAUCUUUAAAGUGGCCUAAGUUGAAAAACCUCUCAGUUCAAGAAUGCACUGACUCAAAUAAUGAGUUAGCAAUGCUAGAAAAUGUUAAUCGUACAAGACUUCAAGUUUCUCCCUUAAUUAGUCUAUUUAUGCUUAAUGCACCUAACAUUACAACUUUAAACUUUGCUGGGAUUCAUGUUGGGCAUGAUCUUCCAAUUAAUGACAUAAGCUGUUUAAAAUCUCUUGCAGAUAUCAGUAUACCAACAUGUGGCAUGCAACUUGAACCAUCUAGUGGUGAAAAAUUGACUGAGAGAGAAUUUGCAUUUCUGGAAGUAAUCACUACCUGUACUGAAGUUAAGCGUUUUUCACUAGAAAAAUGUCUUGUUUGUUCAGAGGCACCAAAUGAAGAGCAGCUGAUGCAUUUAAAACAUUGGAGAAAGAUGAUGGACUUGAGCAUAUCUAAUGUGCCGGCCUUAAGAGUUUGUAGAUUUUUGAGAGCAGUUGCUGACUCAUGUCCUGAUUUAAGGGUUAUACAGCUCACCAGUCUUGGCCAUGGAAGUGUCUGCCACUAUAUUCCAAAUGUCAUCUAUGUUUUGAAAACUUCUAAGCGCUUGCAACUUCUGAGGCUUUAUCAAGAAGCAUUUUACCUUGGAAAUACUCUUUUUUGGAAUGCCAUUAAAUCAGCUAGUAAUCUUGAAGGUUUAUGUAUUUCAUCAAAGUUCAAUUCCUAUCCACCAGUGCAGCAGAUGAUUUCUGCUCUUUCGGAGCUGAAGUUCUUUUAUAUGCUUCAUUUGAAAGUGAAACACCUCCCUCUAAAUUUUGAAUAUCGUUUCAGGAAAGUUUUACGUGACCAAAAAGUGAAAGCUCCUCAACUAAAUGUGUCAAGUGUAGAUACUUUUCUAUGCAGUUUGUACCAUUUUGGGUAUCCAUGUUUUCAUGAUAUUGCAGCAUAAAGUUUUGUAUCAGAG